AUGAUGGCGAGGCACCGGGCCGCGUGGCCGGGGCCUGGCGUUCGUCGGUACUUGCGCACAGUAAGGCAUGGAAAGCCUCGGAGGCUGGCGCUGCGGAAACCCCAACAACUAACCAGGCGCGCCGCAUCAGGUGCGGAGCUCGAUCAGCCCGGCACGGCAGGCCCCAGCAUUGUGGCGGGACGCCUGACCGCCAGCGGCAUCACAACCUCCGCGCGCCAACUCGCGCCUCAUCUAGGCGCCCUUUCGCAGCCUCAUCGACUCCGGGAGUCUGCUCCAGGGGCGCUGUCGGCGCAAUCACAGCCAACACCAGUAGCAGCACCAGCGCCGCAGGCAGACCCAGCGGCCGCGAACGCACAGGAGGUGAGCCGCUCCGAGAGCUUUCUUGCGCGCCACCUUAUGGCCGAUGAAGAGCCCGGAGAAGGCACACAGACAGAAGCUCCCGCAGCGCGCCUGGGCUGGCGCUCGGCUGUUGGCGCAAUCUCCCACGGAGCCGAGCACGGGAGCUCCAAAGAACUGGCUGAAGUUGUCACCGCUGCCGCAGCCCCUUCACAGUCCCUUUGGCGCAGCAUUACUAAAUCCUUUGCUGGCCGACUGCAACCAGAGGACGAUAACAACACGCCGCGCACAUCUGACUCGGGCCGUCCCGAAAAAACGGGAAGGACCGCCACCACGCCGCUCCUGUCGUUCCGCGCGCCGGCGUCUUUGUUACCCGACAGCGAGAGCCCCGCCGACGGUGCAGCAGCCACAGAGCCGCCAGGGACGCUUCAACGCACUCCUGGCAACCCAGAUGCGCUGCCAUCCAGCAGCGGCGCCGAUGAUCCCCCCUCGCUUGCGUCCCGCGUCGAAGCAGCUGCGACCCGGGCAGUGCACGAGGCAGACGCGGAGGCUGCUGCCACCGCCGCCGGUGCAGCAGAGACGGCGCUGGAGUCAGAGCGCAGCGGCGCGCUCAGCGACGGCACCGAACCCGGCGGACGCAAAGGCUCCAAUCGGCGGCUACGCUUCAUCUCGGAAAACGUUGGCAGCCAACACAGCAGCACCGGCGCGUCGCCGUCGUCUCUCCAUCGCACCCGAUCCGCAGCCACCCGCGGCCAGAGCUUCCGGGAGCGUGUGGCGAAUGCGCUAGGACUAGGGGCCUUGAUUGAGGGCAGCCGCAGCCGUGACGAUGAGGAGAGCACCGGCUCCUCGCCCAGUGCAAUUGCACAGCGUAGCGCGGCAGUGCACAGCGCCUUGAAGAAGGAGGGCACCAGUAAGCAACUCCGUCUAGGGUUUGCUGCGGAGGAGGACGACUCCGACAGCGACGGCGAACCUGGCGGCGGCGCCGGUGGCAAAGUUGCAAGGGGCAGCAGCUAUCGCGAGCAGCGGGAUGGCGCCGCAGCUGUGACCCCGUUCAUGGCUACGGGCAUGGACCUCGCUUCUUUACACGGCCGGCCGGAUAGCGCGGUCGUGCCGGGUCGCCUACACAUCUCCGCGGCCGCGGGUCAGCUGGAUGCCAAGGUGCACGAUUUGGAGGGUACGCUGCUGUCGCCCUCGGAGCUGUUGCCGCCUGGUGAGUCCCUGCCGCCGCCGCUGCCUCGCCAAGGGGGCCUGCUGGCCAAGAGCGCUACGGACAGGAGCCUUGCGGCAGUAGCCGGCAGUAAGGCCGUGGCGGCGACGGCCCCGGUGGGUGUGACGAUGACGGAGUCAAGCCAGCGGCGUUUGGAGGCGCUACGGGCGCUUUCCGUGAAGUCCGCUGCCGUAGCGGCGGCAGCGAGUACGGCGGCGGAUACGGCAGUCGGUAGCUUUGGCGGCAGUGUUGCGACUGUGGCGGCGACUUCCGUGGCCGCGUCGCUGGUGCCGCCGACGACGGCGGCGGCGGCCUCUGAAGCCAGCGGCGGCCAGGCUGCGGGGCCGCCCGAUGUGUCUAGGACGGCCUCCGCGACCGUGAAGGCGCGCAGCACCAUCAAGCUGCCGAUCAUCACGACGGGGCACUGGGACAACCUGGUGUUCGCGACGGUGUGGCGUGUGGGUCGAGUGUUUGGAUUCCAGGCGUUCAACAUGCGACCCGCCACUCAAGACGACGCCAAGCAUGAGUACGUCCCUGCCUCCAUCUUUGUGGCAGCUGACCAUCUGAACCAGCUGUUGGUGAAGAAUGGAUACGUGAGGCGCCACCGGGGCGACGACUCGGACGAGGAGCGGUUCGCCAAGGCGCUGUUCGAGUUCCAUUCCACCAUCUUUUACAGCUACGAGAUGCAAUGGAUCAAGAUGCAGCGGCUGUCGCCCCGGGCCCAGCGCUUCACUGACGAGCUCCGCGAGCGGGUCUUCUCCGACCACCACGUCAUCAACGGCCUGCUGUGCGAACUGGCGCUGUACUUCCUCAUCUACACGGAGGCUGCCAACGUGCGGUUCUGUCCCGAGGCCAUGUGGAUGAUCUUUUGGUGCAUGAACCACUCGUAUGUGAUGGCGGAUCUGUGGAACCGCGGGUCGCCCGACCGAGUGCCCAACAGUCGGGACCGGUUGCCCCAGCUGAGGAACACCUUCCAGCACCUGAUCAAGGACCUGCAGGUCCAGAUCAGCAUCAGACCUGCGGACAUGCGCCCCGAGGACUGCGGCAAGAUGAGCAGCAUUUUGUCGCGUCUGUCGACCACCUCCGAUGUGCCCUUGUCGGACCGGGAGCUGCUGGCUGACCUGGUGUGCUACGGAGACGGGGGCUUCUUCAUGGACCGCAUCAUCACCCCCAUAUUCUUCGUCAUGAGCUACGAGAUUGACCACCUGUCCACCCUGGGGGUGGACACGGCGCACAGGCUGGGCUAUGACGACUUCAACGAGUCGCUCACCUGCCGCGACGUCGUGUAUUCGGCGCUUCUGGAGCUGCGGGUCACCCCGCAGGAUAUCGCCGCGGGGGCCACCAACGACGCCUACCAGUCACUCACAAGUCUGGGCUUCCAGGGCCGCACCGUCAUCAACAACAAGUUCGACCCGCAGGUGGCUGCGGAGUGGUGGCGCCUCCGGGUGUUUGUGAAGACGUACCGGGAAAGGCGCUCCUGGCUGGGGAUAUACCGGGCCUUCUACCGAGUGUACGCCUUCCACUUCGUACUGUUCCACCUCAUGCAGGCGCAGGCGUUUGCGGGAUGGAACUGGCGAGUGGUGAGCAGCGCCAUUUUGACUCACGCCUGGCUCAAGUGGCUGGAGCGUGUGGCCAACUGGAUGAUGACCAUGCCCUCCCCGGAGCCUCUGCAGACCACAAUGACCAAGAUAUUCGACAGGAAGGGGUUCUACAAGCUGGACCAGAUCCUGGGCCUUCAGGCCCAGAGCCAGAAGAGUCAGCGAUACCGGGGGGGCGUGGCUGCGCACAACAACGCCGACAGGCUGAAGUUGAUGAAGGCGCACCAGACCCAGAGCGCCAAUGACAUAGCCAGCCCGCUGCAGCAGAUGUCUAUCCGGCAGCUGAAGGCCUUGCAGCCGGAGAGGAUAUUGGAGAUUGAGGGCGCCCCCAUGUACGGACUGUUUGGCGGACUGACGGAGUGGUUGGUCAUCGCCAUCUCACUCACUGCUCUGUACACACUGCAGUUCAUUAAUAUAGAUCUGCGGCCGUACGCGUACGACAACUGGGGCUAUGUGGCGGCUGGCUACACGGGGUUGCACGUGCUGCACUUCCUUCUGACGACGAGGGACGGCUACGCGAUCAGCCUGUCUGAGGCACUCGGCCUUCCGGAGUACUUUCAGAACUGGAGCUCGCGACCCCGGCCCCGCACGUGGAUGUACGCCGACAUGCACAUCAAGUGGAAGAACUUCUUCGUGAACGUGUUCUUUUGGCUGCUGGUGUUCGCCUUGAAGAUCCCCUUUGACUACUUUGUCAUCCACCAGCCGCUGGUCAAACCGUUGCGGCUGUUACUGAAACGCAACUGGAUGGGUUGCAAGGGCUCCUCCUACCGCUUCGGCCACGUCAGGAUCCAUUGCAUCGGCGCGGACUGGAUUCUGGUAGCCGCCCGCGUGUUCCCCUUCAUCAUCGUGGCGCUGUUCGACACGGCCCUGUUCUACCAGUUCGUAGUGACGGCGUUCGGUAUCUACCACGGCCUCAUCAAGCUGGAUCUGGGGGUCGUAUCCACGUGGGAGGACCUGGUGCGGGAGUUCCACAAGUCCCCGCCGAGGUGGUGGAUACGUUGCAUGUCCUUCACGGGCAAUGAGAACCAGAAGAACCUGCUGUACCAGACCAUUAGUGCAAACGCGCAGGCGGCGGCGAACGCGGACACCACGGGGGGUGCGGAGGGGGGAGACGGCAAGAAGAACGUGGCCAUCAGCGAUGGCCUCAUGUUUAAGAUUAAAAUUGUGACGCCCGAGGAGAUAAAGGCAAAGCAGAAUCUCAUGCUAAAGGAGCGCAAGAUCAACAUGCACGCGGGUAAGGGCGCCAUCUCCAAUGAGGUGGAGGUGAAGACGGUCAAGGCGGUGCAGGACAAGGCCGGCACCACCGCGACAGGGACCACCACCGGCACAGCCAACCGGCCCAGCGCCGCAACCCUCGCCCCCAACACCGCCGUUAACGGCCGUAACGGAGUGCCUCUGGUGGGACAGGACUUCAAGGACGCUCAGAGCCGUCCACAGGGCCUGGGUGGUUUAUUCGGUUGGCGUGGAUCCAACGGCGGGGAGGCUCCAGGGGGCCCGACGCCGGGCAUGGUACAGCUGCCGGGUGUGGUUCCGCUGCCCGGCGCGCGUUCGGGUGCCGGCGUCGGCGGCGGCAGCAGUAGUACGGCACCAACGGCGGUAUCGCGGUUCGGGACGCGGGACGCGGGUUCGCAACCGGGAGCAUCUGGUGGCGCCGCCGGAAUGAUUGCUGGCAAGAUGAAGUCACUGGGGACGGCGGGCAUAGCCGCGUCGAUCCUCACGCGCAAGGCCAACCAGGUGCAGCCGGAGCCCGUGGCUGAGGCCGUGGAGGAACGUCAAAGCGGCUCACAACUGACCGCCGCCGCCGCCGCCGCCGCCUCAGCCUCGUCAAGGUUUGCAUCCGGCGCGGCGCAGGGCCCGGGUAUCCUUCCAGGCUGUGGAUCUGGAUUCCGGCCCAGAACCGCAAGAUCCAGGGCCUUACUCCAGCGGCCGGAGGGCCCUACAACCUGGAGUGCUGUGCGGCACCCCGCCUGGCAGCCCGAGGCGCUUCUGGGGCCGGGCCAUGCCGACUAUGACCCCGCCAUGGAUCCCAUGUCGCCCGGCAAUGUGCAGCGUGAGGGUGCCGGGCGAGGCGGUGGCUCUAUGGCGGCAGUGGUGCGGCGGUUUUGGUCGCGGCGGCAGGGGACCGCGCUAGGGGAGGAUGCCGCGGCCGGGGGAGAAGCUGGUGGUUUGGUUUCGGGGCCGGCUCUGGCGUCACUGCGCGUCCAUGGUUGGCGGCCGGAGAGCGAAAUUGAAGCUGCCUUGGAUAAGCCCGGCAUGCAGCUGCAGGAAGAGGAGGAGGAGGAGGGGGAGGAGGAGGAGGGGCCCCAGCGACAGCGCCAGCAGGCCGUGCCGGAGUUUUGUGUAGGCGGAAUGGCCUCCUCAUCGUCCCGUGUUGUGUACCGCGGCGCAGUUGGAGAAGGGGUGACUCUGGUGGGACCUGGGGGGAAGCCGCUGCCAGAGGAGGCGACGGGGGAGGAUUACGGCUCCAGGGGGGGGCAAGCAGCUGAAAGGAGGUCCGCGCCCGUCGUGCUCCUGUCCGAGGUUCCUAUCAUCAGAGUGGAUAGCGAGGGCAGCGACGACGUGCCUUCGCGGCAGGAGUCCCUGGACCGACCCACGGGUGCUCCGCCUUCGAGUCUCAGCAAAGACGCCCGCAAGUCCCCUGGUGCUGGAGCGGGCGGAGAGCUGCCCCGGCGCAGGUCCAUUGAGUUUAAGGAGGUGGACGCGGACACGUACCAUGAGGAGGCGUCGCGGGGCGGCAGGGCGGCGGCUGGUGGGGUCAAGUUCACGGCACGGAGGGUUUCUCUGAUGGACCUGGGCGACGAUAACGGCAGCCCCGGGGGCUCCAAGACGGGGAAGAACAAGGCCGCCAAGGCGUCACCCUCGUAA